GAGGAAAGGGAAAAGGAAGCUCUUCAGCUUUCUUCAUUUUCUUCUCUUUCUCUCCGCCCUCCCUGAUGCUUGCCCCUCCCAGAAAGGGCAAUCUCUUCUCUGAGCAUCUCUGGGCUCCCUUCCCAUUGUCUCUGCCUUCAUCACAGGUCCUGGCUGCAGUGGGAGAGGGAGUUUUUGUUGCCACCCACACCCGCCGCCACCCCCAAUCUCCACCACCGCCACCAAUCUUUCUCUGGUCCUCGUCCUCCUUCUCGGUUUCACUCUCUCGCCGGGUUUUGGUCCACUCACCUCUGGGGACAAUUCCCUAAUAGAGCAUAUCUCGGGCUAAAUCUGACCCCUCCCUCUUUUUUACCCUUCUAGUACCGGUUGUCUCUGCCCCUGCUGCCACUCUCUCUAUGGGAAUGAUGUGCGCAUCGGAGACUCCAAUUUGUUCAAGAGUCUGACAGAUUUAUGCUUUUUAUUUUUAAGGAAUCGCCCCCCUUUACUUAAAAAAAAAAGUAAUAAUUAAGUGACAAAGGGAGAGGCAGGCGUUUAUUUUUAAGAGGGUGGGGUUUUUGUGUCUGUAUUGUUUUUGUUGUUGGGUUUUUUGGCUUUUUUUUUUUUAAGAGGAAGAAGAUGAACUGAAAAGAUCCACACCAUGGAAUCUCCAAUCUUAGGGACCACAUUCUGUUUGAUCUUCUAUCUCCGUGCAGUUUGGGGGAUUGGAGUAGACCCCUCCUUGAAAAUCGACUUCUUGACCGCUUUAGAGCUGGGGGAGUCCACGGCUGGAGUUCUCCAGGUCCCCGGGCUGCACAAUGGAAGCAAAGCCUUUCUUUUUCAAGAUACUUCAAGGAGUGUAAAAGCAUCCAUUGCUACUGCUGAUCAGUUUUUUCAGAAAUUAAGAAAUAAACAUGAAUUUACUGUUUUGGUGACCUUAAAACAAAUCCAAUUAAAUUCAGGUGUUAUUCUAUCUAUUCAUCACUUAGAUAAAAGAUACCUGGAACUGGAAAGCAGUGGUCAUCGAAAUGAAGUCAGGCUGCAUUAUCAUUCAAGCAGUCAGCAAACCCAAACCGAAGUGUUUCCUUACAUUUUGGCUGAUGAUAAGUGGCAUAGACUAUCCUUAGCCAUUAGUGCCUCACAUUUGAUUUUACAUGUGGACUGCAAUAAAAUUUAUGAAAGAGUGGUGGAAAGACCCUCCAUGGAUUUACCUUUAGGCACAACAUUUUGGUUAGGACAAAGGAAUGAUGCACAUGGAUACUUUAAGGGAAUAAUGCAAGAUGUGCAAUUACUUGUCAUGCCCCAAGGAUUUAUUACUCAAUGUCCAGAUCUUAAUCGCACAUGUCCAACUUGUAAUGACUUCCAUGGGCUUGUACAGAAAAUAAUGGAGCUGCAAGACAUUUUGGCUAAAACAUCAGCUAAGCUAUCCCAUGCUGAGCAGAGGAUGAAUAAAUUGGAUCACUGCUAUUGUGAAAAAACCUGUACUAUGAAGGGUACUACCUACCAAGAAUCUGAAUCCUGGACAGAUGGCUGUAAGAACUGCACAUGCAUGAAUGGCACCAUCCAGUGUGAAGCACUGGCCUGUUCAUUUCCUGAUUGUCCAUCUAAGUCCGCCCUUGCAUAUGUGGAUGGCAAAUGCUGUAAGGAAUGCAAAUCAAUAUGCCAUUUUCAAGGAAGAACUUACUUUGAAGGAGAGAAAAAACCAAUCUAUUCCUCUUCUGGAGUUUGUGUUCUCUAUGAAUGCAAGGACCAAACUAUGAAAUUUGUUGAGAAUGCAGUUUGCCAGCCUUUGAAUUGUCCAGAUUCCCACCAUAUUACACUUCCUCAUAGCUGCUGCAAAGUUUGCAAAGGCCAUGAUUUUUGCUCUGUGAGACAUAACUGCAUGGAGAAUUCAAUUUGCCAGAAUCUAAACGAUAGGGCAGUAUGUAUUUGUCAAGAUGGUUUUCGGGCCCUUCGAGAAGACAAUGCCUAUUGUGAAGACAUUGAUGAAUGUGCAGAAGGACAGCAUUACUGCCAGGAGAACACCAUCUGUGUGAACAUACCAGGUUCUUUCAUGUGCAUCUGCAAAACCGGAUACUUAAGAAUUGAUGAUUAUUCAUGUACAGAGCAUGAUGAAUGUAUCACAAAUCAGCACAACUGUGACAAAAAUGCAAUAUGCUUCAACACUGUUGGAGGGCAUAAUUGUGUCUGUAACCCUGGCUAUAUAGGAAAUGGAACCACAUGUAAAGCAUUUUGCAAAGAUGGCUGUAGAAAUGGAGGAACCUGUAUUGCUUCCAAUGUAUGUGCCUGUCCAUCGGGUUUCACAGGACAUAGUUGUGAGACAGACAUUGAUGAAUGCUCAGAAGGUUUUGUGCAGUGUGACAAUCGUGCUAACUGCAUUAACCUGCCUGGUUGGUAUCAUUGUGAGUGCAGAGAUGGCUACCAUGACAAUGGGAUGUUUUCACCAAAUGGAGAAUCAUGCGAAGACAUUGAUGAAUGUGGUACUGGGAGACACAGCUGUGCCAAUGAUACUAUUUGCUUUAACCUGGAUGGUGGUUAUGAUUGUCGGUGCCCUCAUGGAAAAAACUGCACAGGGGAUUGUAUUCACAAUGAAAAAGUUAAACACAGUGGGCAGAUUUGGGUGUUAGAUAAUGACCGAUGUUCCGUGUGUUCAUGUCAGAAUGGAUUUGUCAUGUGUCGUCGAAUGGUCUGUGACUGUGAGAAUCCUACCGUUGAUCUCUUUUGCUGUCCAGAAUGUGACCUCCGGGUCACCAGUCAAUGUCUCCAUCAAAAUGGGGAAAUUUUGUACAAUAGUGGAGACACUUGGGUGCAGAAUUGCCAACAGUGCCGAUGUUUGCAAGGGGAAGUAGAUUGCUGGCCUCUGCCUUGUCCAGACUUAGAGUGUGAAUUCAGCAUGGUCCCAGAGAAUGAGUGCUGUCCACUCUGUGUGACUGACCCUUGCCAAGCUGAUACCAUACAUAAUAACAUUAUGAAGACUUGCCUGGAUGAAAUGCAUGUGAUUCGUUUCACUGGAUCUUCUUGGAUUAAGCAUGGUACUGAGUGCACCCUCUGCCAAUGCAAGAACGGUCAUAUCUGUUGUACAGUGGAUCUACAGUGCCUUCAAGAACUAUGAAGUUAACAUCUGUCUCUCACAAGAGGUUUCUGGUUAAAGACUUUUACUUCACAAAAAAGCCCCCAAACUCAGUUAAAACCAAAAUUGUACCAGCUCUAUGUGACCAACAUGCAGAUCUACUUUAGCCUUUUAAUUAUAGAAUUUAUAGAGCUUGGGGACACCCUAGAAGGAAAAACCAAUUGAUUAAAUCAGAAUGCAUUUCUAUUUUGUUCCUGACCUGACUGUAUGGGAAUGAAUAUAGUGAUAUCAAAAUCACUGGAAGCAGACACUGAACCAGUUUGGUAUUUGAAAGCAAUUUUUUCAUUUGAUGCAGAAAGUUAGACCUUAUAUUAUCUUCACAUAUUGCUUGGGGUCUUCACUGUCACUUUUUUAGUCAGUGAAUGGAAAAAUAUUUUUACAAGCAAGAUAAAGGACUUUGAUGUUUUGUGUAUAAAUACAUGCUCAGAAAAACAAAACCUAAAUCAAGUUAUUAAAAUAUAUAUAUAUAUGUAUAGGCAUGGAUGCUUAAUGUUUUCUGAUGGGAAAAUCAUCUCUAUUUAUUUUUCAUGCACUUAAUAGUACUUGAUCAAAUUGUUGUGCAAAAUUUAAAUAAAUAUCUCUUACCUUAUGUAUAUGUGACUCUUCGAAUAUAUUUCACCUUUAAAGGUGAUUAUAUCUUCUGGUUCUCCCAAUUUCAUUUAUACUUCUCUCACAAAUGCAUCAACCCUCAUUUAUGUUUUCCUAUCAGGCUGAUCUACUUGGGGCAUUUCUUCCUUGAAAGGAGGGCCUAUACCAAAUGAUGGGGAUGGUGGUAGUGAGAAAGUAGGGGGCAGAAGUUUUAUUAUGUCAUAUCGGUUAAAAUCCCUAGAGAAUGUGUCUUGGACUCUUCUAGCUUUAAAACUGUAUAUGCCUAUUUUUAUCUAGGAUGAUAAGGAAAAACUCUGAUUUUUUUAUAAGAAAUAUAUGCCUUGCUGGAAUGAUACAACUCCUAACUAAUCCUUCAUGACUUUUGAGAAACCUUCCACUCACAGUGAAGGGCCAACACAGUGCUUUCCAUUGGACUUGUCUCCUAUUGCAAAGAAUGGCUCAUCCUUAGACUUCCAACAACCUGGGAAAGAGGGUAGUUCUCUAUAACAUACAGCAAAACCACUUGGAACCCUGAAAUGGCCCUCGAGUCCCAGGAUGCUUCUUUUUGCAAUUUUAAACCCUUAAUAUGAUUUAGCAGCUUAUAAAUGGGAAGAAAUGGAUCUUUCUAGCAGUGGCAAUUAGUGGAAUUCAAGAGUUUAAGAUGUAAGCAUCUAAACUUAAGUUUUUGCAACAAAAUACUUCUUAGGAGACAAAAUGAUCUUUGCGAGGGUUAUCCUCAAGGUAGCUGCAAAGGACUAAAGGCAGCCAGGACUGACUGGCCAGGAGAGCGAGACCUUGUGAAUGUGCCAUAUGGUACAGGUCUAAAGUGAAUGCAAAAUUAUCAAUCCAGCUGUCCCAGAGAUGGUCUUUAUUUUGGAGGAAGAGUAAAAUGAGGCCAUUUGGGAUAUAUUAUGAUUCCUGUAUCUGUUCAUAUCCUAAGUUAUUUGUGUCUUAUACAUUUCUAGGUGGAAGAAAUAAAGCACUAACUUGAUAUUCA